UAUCGCCAAGCCACACAAACGUUCUUGCGACAUGGUCGAUCGUAGUUACGUCUUUAUAAGCUCUAAUUUUGAGAAACUUUUCUCGCCACUUGUUACUUACUUAAUUUACUUUUAAGGCGACAGACCGAUUAUCAAUCCAGUGCCGAAUCCAGAAUACGUCGCCAUGUCACUCGGUCUUGGGCUGCUAUACUCCAAUCGCCCCAACACCUAUUUCGCGUGCAUUCUCGUCGACAGCACACAUCCAACGAGUGCGGGGUCUACCCCGAAGUCGACGACCUCUAUCGGGAUUCCUGCUAAAUAUAGCCUUCGUUUGACGCUCAUCCGGCAUUCUCGCUACAUGCCCAGCCCACUGAAGCCUGCCGUGUUUUAUCCGCUUGACUAUAUCCGCCGACUUGUAUGCCUGGUACACUUCAUGGUUCAUGCGUCUGCGCCAAACACCAUUUUCUAGUUUGCCGCCAAGGAUUGAACGCAAAAUCCUACGCUCAAAAACACCAAGAGCUCACCGAUCGGCCUCUUUCAGCGUCCAUGAUUCGUGGCCGUAGAGAGCCACCGGAAGAAUCAGUGUUUUAUAGAGUGCAAGUUUAGUACGAAUUUGCAGACUGCGGGACCGUAGCUGGUUACGUAGUCCGUAAAAGGCCCUGUUUGCGGCUGCUAUCCGCCUCUUUAUCUCACGGCUAACCUCGUUGUCACAUGUCACUAAUGUUCCCAGGUAAAUAAAUUCGUCGACUACUUCAAAUGUUUCCCCAUCUAGCACCACCGCAGCACCAACCUCCAACGGACUACCACGCACUCUGCCAGCCACCAUGUAUUUCGUUUAGGCAGAGUUCAUGACAAGCCCCAAUCUCGCAGCUUCUUGCCUGAGAGGUCCGAAGGCCUCUUCCACUGCUCUACGAUUAAUACCAAUAAUGUCGAUAUCAUCCGCAAAACCUAGAAGCAUGUGCGAUUUCGUAAUGAUGGUGCCGCUUCUCUGCACACCAGCCCUCCGUAUAGCACCUUCCAAUGCGAUGUUGAACAAUAAGUUCGACAGCCCAUCACCCUGCUUCAAACCAUCUAACGUCACGAAAGGGUCCGAUAUCUCACCGGUUAUCCUGACGCUUGAUGUAAAACCUUCAAGGGUGGCACGUAUCAGCCUAAUCAGCUUUGUUGGGAAGCCAUGUUCGGGCAUGAUCCGCCAUAACUCAUUUCUCUUAACUGAAUCGUACGCUGCCCUGAAGUCUAUGAACAGAUGGUGCGUCUGCAAGUUGAAUUCUCGAAAUUUUAUCGAGGAUUUGUCGCAAGGUAAACAUUUGGUCCGUCGUGGAGCGUCCCCCUCGAAAACCGCAUUGAUACUCGCCAACAAAGGUCUCCUGCAACGGCCUCAGUCUGUGGAACAGGAUGCGGGAGAGAAUUUUGUACACGGUGUUGAGAAGAGUUAUGCCCCGAUAAUUGCUACAGUCCAGACGAUGACCUUUUUUGUAGAUCGGGCAUAUGAGACCCUCCAACCGGUCCGAGGGCAAUUCUUCAUCAGACCACACUCUCAGUAUGAUCCGAUGGAUGGCACGAUACAGCUGUUCGCUCCCGACUUUGAAGAGUUCGGCGGGAAUGCCGCCCUUCCCAGCUGCCUUGCAGUUUCUCAGCUCUUCCACUGCUUUCUUCACCUCGUCCAUGGAUGGUGGAUCCACAGCUUGACCAUCAUUCUCAAUAGUCAUCCUGCUCCUUUCGACUCCACUGUUUCCCUCACCGUUCAACAGCACACUGAAGUGUUCCUUCCAACGCCUGGCCACCUCUGUUCUAUCGGUUAUCAGGUUCCCCUCCCUAUCGUUGCACAUGACAGGAGCUGACACGUUUCGAUUCCUAAUUCCGUUGACCUUCUUGUAGAAACUCCUCGCAUCGUGCCUGGAGAAGCAACCUUCCGCCUCCGCAAGAAGACGCUCCCAAUGCUGUCGUUUCUUCCGGCGAUGGAGUCUCUUUUCAGCGGCUCUAGCAUCUCGAUAUCUACCCACGCUCUGACGAGUCACAGCCGUGGCCAACAUGUGACCCCUGGCGCGGUUCUUCUCCUCCGUCACUCGCUGGCACUCAGCGUCAAACCACUCAUUGGACGCAGCUGCCGCAGUUGUACCCAACACUUCUCGCGCUGUAGUGCUGAUCGAACUGUGGAUGUGUCUCCUGCGCUUUCAUUGUAUGUCUUUUCCAGGAGCUCAAAGAACACCACUUGUUACACUAAUGGGUAAAGUGAGUAAAAUUCUCAAAGAUACAAAAACAUUUGAAAAAGUAUCAAUCAGUUGAUUUUUUGUGAUGUAGUUUAACGCAUUCAUUGGAGUCGUCUCAGCUGGCAAUAAGGUGAUAAACUAACAAGUUCUUGGUGCAUUUCAUGUCCAUCGAUGUCACAUUCUUUCUUGUGUGUGAGGAUUUUCUGUAAAUGUAGACAACUUUUCUCUAUCUGAUCUGUACUACAACCCAUUAAACUGUGAAUAUCAUACAAGAAGCUGAAAUUGUCACUGUGAUUUUUCAUUAACUGGAAUCGAUCAUCGAACGAUGCAAUAGCUACAUCCAAUACAGAAUAGAAGAAAUUCACUUUGAAAGAGAGUUUUUUCGAUGUAAUUGGUUCAUCUGACUGUUCGUAUGCAAACUGUUUCUUUAUCAUUCUCGGCCGAAUUCGUGUUUCUGUUUGAAACUCCGGAUUUACUUCUAAAGCAUCAGUAAUGACGCUAUUCAAACCUUCAUUUCUCAUAUUUUUCAAAAAGUUUUAAACGCUGCCUAUCAAGUCUAUAGUGUUUUCGAGACUGCUAUUUAUUUUUUGAAGGCUUUUUGCAGUAUUUCUUGCAAACGCAUCUUGCUUCAGAUCCUCGAUUGCUUCAUAUAGGGCAUAAUACAUUUCUCCUAUAUUAAACCUCAAGGGAGUGACAGCAUCAAUUCGACUUUCCCAACGCGUUCCACUCAGAGGCUUUACCGUAAGAGAAGUAAUGUGUUUUUUGAACGAUGAGUUGAAGCAGAAAAGAAGUUGAAAAUUUCUUGCACGACACUGAAAAAGUCUACUGCAUCAAAACAUGACUUGGCACCAUCGCUAACAACAAGAUUGGUUGCUGCAUGGAACGGAUUGAUUUUUACAAAAAUUGAUUUUUACAAAAAAAGUUUAAGAUAAUUAGUUUAAGAGAUUAUGACAGAUCUCGACGUUUCAUGCAUUUAUAAGACCAUUUUUUUCAAUAUCGAACAUUUUACGAACUACCUGUGCAUUUUUUAUCGGCCGAAAAAGUGAAAUUUUGACCGCUUCGAGGCACCACUUUUCGAAGUCCGACUGAGCUGAAAUUUUGCAAGAAGACUGUGGCAUGUGGAGUGUUAGUACAACGUUAGUACAUGAAAAUGUGGAUGGUCGCGUCGCACGUGAAUAGAAAUCCUGCUAGAGAGAGAAAAAAUUUCCUCGUCGCUUAAAAAAUAAGCACACGCAUUAGCCGUCUGUUUGCCGCCCCUCGAUGAUUGACGAGCAGGCGACCGCCUGCUUCGCCUACGCGUUAAUCCGCCCCUGAUAUGAAUAAGGUGAUGAUCGAUACUCUAAGCCCCUCUGAGACAGAGUUCAAUGAUGAUGCAUAAUCUAUUUUAAGUAUUGUAGAUUUUGUUGUAAAUAGAAAGUCAUUAAAGUACAAGAAUCAAUCACAAAUUUUUGUACAAGUAAUUAAAUUAUUUGGAUUACCUCAUUUUCAUCAUUAUAUAAAUAGCUGUAAACAAAGUCUAACCGAUCAAUUUCUU